AUGACUGAAACAACAGGUUACUCUGGCGGUGGGCUCGUCCUCAUCAAAAACCCGCACCUGCACACGAUGGAGGAGGACAUUCUGUAUCACUUGGACUUGGGAACAAGGACGCACAACCUGCCUGCUAUGUUUGGGGACAUAAAGUUUGUCUGCGUUGGCGGCAGCCCGAACAGGAUGAAGGCGUUUGCCCAGUUCAUGCACAAGGAGCUGGGGCUCGAGGGCAGUGGGGAGGACCUGGCUGACAUCUGCGCAGGGACGGACCGCUACGCCAUGUACCGCACGGGGCCGGUGCUCUCCAUCAGCCACGGGAUGGGCAUCCCUUCCAUUUCCAUUAUGCUUCAUGAACUAAUCAAACUGCUGCACCACGCAAAAUGCCGAGACGUUACUAUUAUACGCAUCGGUACUUCUGGAGGCUUAGGGAUCGAGGCUGGCUCCGUUGUGAUCACGGACACGGCCGUGGACGCCUCCUUCCAGCCGCGGUUCGAGCAGGUGGUGCUGGGCGAUGUGGUGGUGCGGAGCACGGACCUGGACAGGGACCUCGCGGAGGAGCUCCUCGCCUGCAGCAAGGAGGUCCCCGACUUCCCCACGCUCAUUGGGCACACCAUGUGCACCUACGAUUUCUACGAAGGUCAGGGGAGAUUAGACGGAGCGUUGUGCUCUUUCUCCAGUGAAAAAAAGUUGGAAUACUUAAAAAGAGCUCACGAGGCUGGCGUGAGAAACAUUGAAAUGGAGUCCACGGCGUUCGCUGCCAUGUGCAGGCUGUGCGGUUUGAAAGCUGCUGUUGUCUGCGUGGCACUCCUGGACCGCCUGGAGGGGGACCAGAUCCGGGCACCCCGUGAGGUGCUGCGGGAGUACCAGCAGCGGCCUCAGCGCCUGAUCGCCACCUUCAUCCGGAGACGCCUGGGGCUGCACCCACCCGCGGGACGCGUGCUCCCCUCCAGCGACUGA